CGCUGUCCCAGAUAGCUGUAAUCUUUCAUUUAUCUGUUCUGAAUAAAAACUUUGGAAUACCCAAAAUCUGAUGUUUUCUAAGUAGCCUCGAAGAAAUGAAAACAGUGAAGGUGAAGCUUCUCAAAAAGCUCAAAACAAUCGGACAUCGUAAGCGGGAAAGAAUCAUGCGCUUGAGGGCUUCUGAUGGGUACAUUCCGGCAUCCCCUCCGCCGCCGGCGACCGAUCCCCUCUCCCCGCCGAUCCCCAUUUGUUUCCAAGAAGAAGAAGAACCCAGAUGUACUCUCCAGAGCCUUGUCAAAGAUCAAGAACCAGAAAUCAUUGAAGUUUCUGAGCUGAUGAAGGAUCUUGAAGAUGAAGAAAUGGAGUUUCUUGAUGACGUGGAAGACAAAGAGAACAUCAGACCUUCACCCGAGGCAAAAAGAUUGGAAAAUCUCAGUCUCAUGAAGGCAAAGAUUGAAUCUUUGACAAAGUGGGAAUCAGGAUUUGCCCCCUUUUCCGAGAUUGAUUCAAUUGAAGAAGAAGGUAAAGAUGAACCUCCUGCAAAAGUGAGAAAAAUGGAGGGAAAGGCUAUCUCCCUUUUAGAUUUUGAGGAGAAAUGUCCACCAGGGGGGAGUGAUUCAGUAAUUGUAUACACAACAGGGCUGAGAGGGGUUCCAAAGACGUAUGAGGAUUGUCAAAACAUGAUAUCGCUUCUCGAGAACUUUCAGGUUUUGUUUUUCGAGAGAGAUAUCUCGAUACAUUCGGAGUUCAAGGAGGAAUUGUGGGGAAUGUUAGGACAAGAAAACAAGAUGAAGUUGAUUCCACCAAGGUUGUUCAUAAGGGGGAGGUACAUUGGGGGAGCUGAAGAAGUGUUUGCCUUACAUGAACAAGGGAAGCUUAGGCCUCUUCUUGAUGGUAUUCCUCUUGAUGUGGGACAAGAGGUUUGUGGAGGGUGUGUGGGGAUGAGGUUCAUCUUGUGUUUCAGAUGCAGUGGGAGCAGAAAACUUCAUCUUGAUCAGAAUGAUGAUGAUGACAGUGAUGAUGGUGAUGGUGAGUGGAAGAAAUGCCCAGAGUGCAAUGAGAAUGGGUUGAUUAUAUGCCCUUUCUGUUGUUGAAUUGAAAAUGGAUGUUAAGAUUUGGGAUGGUUUACAUUGUUGAUUGUGAUGCCAUGUGGGCAACAUAUCAAAACCAAUGAAUUACAAUGUCUUAUAACUUAUAUAGUUCAUUAAUAUGAUACAUUACAUACAUGGAUGGUGCGUUUGGCAUUCCUACAGCCUCCCUUAGGGCAUCAAUGCAUUUUUUGGGGGAGAGAAUCUCACCUGUUUAAAGCUCCAAACAAUCUCUUUAGGAGAUGCAGACAAGAGAAAAAGCAAACAAUGUAGACAAAGUGUCAAAGUGAUACAAAUAUUCUUUCUUCUACACCGAGAGGUAUCUAAUACACACAACAUGAACAUGCAUAAUACAUGAAUUUAUUCGAGGUGUUGCCCAAGCCGAGGUCCACACCGUUAUUCAAAGCCCGAGUAUACUAUACUCAGAUGGUUAGAUUCAUGUAUAGCAUCAAUAUUAUAUAAACUUAAAUCUAAUUGUAUCUGGAUCAUGAAUUAAUAGUACAUGAAAUACUAGAUAAUUUAUGCAUGGA